AUGUAAGUAAAGAAAAAAAAUAUCAUAAUUCAAGAGAUUUGCCCUGAAUCAUACUUUAAUAAUUAAAAGCUAAUCAUUCCUAUUUAAGAACUUAAACCUCAAAAAACAUGUAUUGAAAUAAUUAAAAAAAGAUUAAUAAAAUCCAUAUUAGAAGUAAGAGUAGCUAAUCCAAUAACAGAAUAUAGGUUUAAAGACAUUUGAGUAACCUAAAAAUACUCAAUAAAAUUUAUAAUAUCCAAUAUAACAAUAGACUCAAAUCUAGAGGAAAGAUGUUCCAAAUCAAGUAGAACAAAUUUUCUUGCCCAUUAAUCCUAAUGCUUAAUAAAAGGAAGUCGAUUCUAAACGAGAAUUAAAUCAAUUAAUAACAUCGGAACAAGAAAAAUAUAAAAAUGAUGUAAAAAUCUAUUACAAUGAUUUAAACUAUAAACAAAACUUACCUUUUUAAAGCAAUAAUGAUCAAAACCAAUAAUAUAAAUAACAAAUUCAAAAAACAAUUGAACAAUAAGCAUAGAUUAAGGCAGAAUAAUCGAAGGCUAAAUAAUAUGAAAAAUAAUAAACAUAAACUAAUUUUGUUGAAUAGAAUUAAUAGUACUUAAAUCAUGGAAAUCCUAAUAUACAUUCUCCUAAUAAAAAGCUUAUAAAAAUUGAAUAACCAAAUUAAGAAUAACAAUAACAAAGGAAUAAAAAUGAGGAGAGGAACUAGUUUCUAAAAUACUUUAUGACACAAACUACUUUAAAUAAAUACGUAGGACUUCGAAUUGUAAAACAAAGUUCAGAAGAAAGAAAAAAAGAUAAUUAAUCAUUUAGAGAGUAUGAUUAAAUUAAUUAUUACCAAAAACAAACAUACGACUAAAUGUAAUUUAAUAGAUAUUAAGGUUAAAAAUAUUAACCUCAUCAACAAGGCAUAUAACCAUAUAAACCAAAAAUAGUGGAAAUAUAAUAAAAUGUAGAACUUAAUCACACUAAUUUAAGAAAAUAAGAAUUUGAAAGAGGUUUAAUUUUACAGCAAUAGUAAUUUUUUUAAUAAUAAUUAAAAAAAAAUUCUCCAUAAUAAUAAAAUAAAUAAAGAAUUUAAAUUAAUGAAGUUAAAACUUAAGAACCAAAAAAUAAUCAAGGUAUUUUUAAUAAUAAUUUUCAAAGACAUCUAACCAGGCUAGAAAUAAGCAUAUUAUAAUUCAAAAAGCAAUAAUAAUAUUAAAAACACUCAACAAAAAGUUCAAUAUAAUUAAGCAAAGAGGCAAGAUUUUACAAAUGUUAAGUAAUUAUUUAUUAUAAUCAAAAGUCAAACAUAAGUUCAAAUUUAAUAAUUCAACUAGAUUGGAAGGCUUAGGGCACUGAGUGACUUAGAACAAAGAAGAAGAUUUGAAUACAAACCUGGUAUGGUGAUUACUGAUGAAAUUGUGAAUUUGAUGACUCCAGAAGAAAUUUAUGAAUAUUUUACUUAUUUGGAUUUAGAAAACUAAAUAGGAUUAAGAAGCAAGAUCAUAGUUUUAGAAAAUAAAAGAGUCUAAAUAAAUACUCCUGAUAGUUGUGCUAUAUGUUUAGAAGAGAUCUAACCUUAGAAGGAGGCUGUUGACAUCAAAUUGGAUUGCAAUCAUUAAUUUCACUACGUUUGCAUUAAACAAUGGUUAUAGAAAUCUAAAUUCUGCCCGGUUUGCAAAGAAUAAGUAAAUUGUGGAGCAGACUAAAAGAUUAAAUGAUAAUAAAACAUAUAAAAUGAUAUUUAUUAUUUG